GGCAUUCUACUACAAUAGACCCGCUGAGCUGAGUGAUAGUAUAAAUUCUGAGUUCGCUUUCAAUUAUUUGCUGUAGAAUGAAAAAUGGAAUAUUUUCAAAACUUUGUUAUUUGUACACUUUCUCCGCACUAUCAAAUGUGGUGCUGGGACAAAACUGUCAACUGACGGACUCCAUCAUGAAUCGCAAUUGGAUUUUUCUAAGCAACAAUGAUCUUCUCCGAACCGAUUAUAUAGCAGAUGGUGGAACUUUGACGCUCUAUUGUAAUGAGCAUUCGGCUGCAUGGGAUUUGAAGUGCACCAAAGGAACACUGGAACAGUUGCCAUACGAUGCAGUGUGUUCCGAACGUUUGAGCUUGUCCGUGGUGCCGCAAUACAAGGCAUGCUCUGCAGAUGGUGCCAAUGGGCAGUUAUACGAUAUGGUGUAUAGCUUUGCGACCGGCUUUACUGUGACACUCUACACCAUCUGCUACUGCACAUCAAGAGAAACGGUUCUGUACAGUAUUCACAAGGCGUAUGGCUUCAAUUUACCCACCGGGAACUAUCAACGACCGCAGUUUAAACUUCUGGGCAAUCCGAAUAGAGCCCGUGCCGACUCUUUCGGCUCCGACGAAAUAUACAAGACAUUUCAGACUUUGCUGGGUGACGGACAGACCUAUGUUAAGUCGAAUCGAGACUAUGCGGUGCAACGUGGACACAUGGCCAAUUCGCAAGAUUUCCUUACCUACGAUCAAAUGGAUGCGACGUUUUUGUACAUGAAUGUAGUGCCGAUGUUCCGGGGCUGUAACCUUCGCAAUUGGAAGCGCAUAGAGAAUUGGAUCCAUCGCUUACCUGACAAGCAUACCUAUGCCACCGUUGUGACUGGCACUCAUGAUGUACUCUAUCUGCAACACAGCCAAACUCAUCGCUUUGUUCCCAUGUAUCUGAUGCCAGAUGAGAAGAAUCCCAUGCCAAUGUGGAUGUACAAAGUUGUGAGGUACCAGGGCGAAUGCUAUGUCUUCGCCACUCUAAACGAUGUGUCCAGUGUACCAGCCAUACAGUACAGCAAUAUUUGCCGAAUUACAUCUUGUCCUGCCGGUCUUACUUUGGAUAAGGAGCCAGGAUCUUGUGUUUCGUAUUGUUGCAGCUACAGACAUUUUGUGCAACAGGUGGGAGAUUUUGCCAAUUUGUGUUCUGUCUACAGCAUACCACCCUUCUUCAUAGCUUUUUUGUGAUUUCAUACCAUGUGGUGUCCUUUGAAAAACAUUUCUUCGAAACGAAAAUUUCAGAAUUUCAAUGUUCGAAGUUCGACAAGAACAAAGUUGUUUGAAUUUUACGAAAACAAACAAAAUUUUUGAUAGGAGUACAUUUAAAAAUGUGUCUAUAAGUGUAGAUGGAAUUCUGUUGUUAGGAACUUUGAGUACCAAAUAUUGGGCGCCAUCGUUAUAUGUAAGAAUAAAUUUCAAUUUUCAUAUCUACUGGGAACUCUCAAUAUUUAAAAGUUCAUUGAAAAUUGUGUGAAUAAAAACAUCAAAAUAUCGAAUAUAAA